UUAACCCGUCUCUUGGGUCUACGACGAGUUGAGCCCGGAGGGAAAAGGACAAAUCACACAAAGAGAGGAAAAAAGCACACAAAUCGCGCCACCGUGGGACGCGUACGGCGCACCGUCCGGCCGCCGGAUCUGCGCCGGCGACGCGACCGGACGUCGGAUCUCCGGCGACGCAGGAGGAGGGAGGCGGCGCUCUGGCCGUUCCUUGCCCGCGAGCGCCCAGAUCGGUCCCGCCGGAUAUAUAUCAAUCGAUGGUUCAGUGAUACCCAGCUUCCAGUUGAUGCAGAGGUGGUGAAAAACGCCUUCUCUUCUCCAAGGCUACUGGCUUCAAAUUGCAAGAGUUUGUCCUCUCCCUUGCUGCCCAUCUGCUUGCUUCUCUGGUGGAGUGCACGAGAGGAGCUAGCAGAUAAAGGCUACUCCUUUCAGCUCUUCUAUGUCCAGGGACUUGGACUGUCCUGUUCAGACACAGAUGGCUGUGGCAGUCCUGGAUCGGAGCUUCAGCAGUGAAUAUCCUGGAGGUAGCAGAACUGAGGGGAGGCAACUGAGCUGGAAGAGAGUCUUUGUCCAAACUGACAAUGGUUCUGUCCUUGGCAUUGAGUUGGAGAGGGGUGAAAAUGUGCAAGCUGUGAAAAAGAAGCUGCAGAUAGCCCUCAAUGUGCCCACUGAUGAGAGCUCGCUGACCUUUGGUGAUCUGGUUCUGAAUAAUGAUCUUACCAGCAUUCGCAAUGACUCACCUUUGCUUCUCAAAAGGAAUCAGAUUCACCGAAGCAAUUCCACACCUUGCCUCUCCCCUACUGGAAAGGAUGUUUGGCAGCGAGACCGGAGCGGGCCCAUUGAAAUCCUUGGCUGUUCAAGCCCUUCCUCUCGGAUGAAGCAGCUUGCUAAGGAUGUCAUCAAAGCAAUAAGGAAUGGUGUCGACCCAGUAGCUGUUAACAGUGGGAUGGGUGGUGCUUACUACUUCAAGAACAUCUGGGGAGAGCGUGUUGCAAUUGUCAAGCCAACUGAUGAGGAACCAUUUGCCCCGAACAACCCAAAAGGUUUUGUGGGGAAGGCACUGGGACAGCCAGGCCUCAAAAGAUCUGUGAGGGUUGGCGAGACAGGGUUCCGAGAGGUUGCUGCUUACCUGCUUGAUUAUGAUCACUUUGCCAAUGUUCCUCCCACCAUGCUGGUCAAGAUAACACACACAGUGUUCAAUGUGAAUGACUGUGUUGGCUGCAAAAGCAAAAUCUUCUGCAACAAGUCAGAGGCUGUGAGCAAGAUUGCAUCACUGCAGCAGUUCAUUCCUCAUGAUUUUGAUGCUAGCGACCAUGGGACGUCAAGCUUCCCUGUAUCUGCAGUGCAUAGGAUUGGCAUACUUGACAUUAGAAUCUUCAACACUGAUAGGCAUGCUGGAAAUCUUCUGGUGAGGAAGCUUGGCCCUGGGGUUGACAAUUUUGGAGAGCAGACGGAACUCAUUCCUAUUGAUCAUGGUCUUUGUCUGCCAGAAUGCCUAGAAGAUCCUUACUUUGAGUGGAUCCACUGGCCGCAGGCAUCUGUUCCUUUCUCUGAGGAGGAGCUUGAUUACAUUGCAAGACUUGAUCCUGUAAAAGAUGCUGAAAUGCUCCGCAUGGAGCUACCCAUGAUACGUGAGGCAUGCAUUAGAGUGCUGGUGCUGUCAACAAUAUUUCUCAAGGAAGCUGCAGCAUUUGGCCUCUGCCUGUCCGAGAUUGGAGAGAUGAUGAGCAGGCAGUUCACUGGAAAAGAAGAGGAGCCAAGUGAGCUUGAGAUUCUCUGCAUGGAAGCAAGGAAGUGGGUUGAGGAAAGAGAGUUCUUUCUUCCUGAUGAAGCCGGAGUUGAAGAUGACGAUGAUGACUUCACCCAGUUCCCUCUUGACGGUGAGGAUGAUUCGGAUGCCUUUGAACUACCAGCUUUCAGCAACUUUGGGAGCAUGAAGGCAAGUUCCAGGAAUCCACUGUCCAAGUUAGAUGAGUGUGAUGAGGAAGAUGAGAACGAGGACGAGGAUAACACCUACACUACCAAGGAGGAUGCUGAUGCCUUGACCAGUGCAUUACCCCAGAAGAUUUCUUCUGUCUUGAAGCUAUCCUCGUCCAUGAAGCGGCUUGGUUUCGUUGCGAAAUCUAAAGCCUACCAUACAGGUGUUCCAAAGGGUAAAGUGAGUAAAACUAACUACAGCGGCAAAGCUAGUGAGCAUCAGUCCGGGAGCAGGAGCGCCAAUGAGCUGCUCCCGCCCAGCGCCAGUUUUGUGAAGGUGUCGGACAUGGGCCCUAGAGAGUGGAGUGCAUUCCUCGACAUGUUCCAGGAGCUGCUCCCCAACGCCUUCCGUGCCCGGAAGCACACUACUGGUGGUGGCCCGCGUCAGAUGCCGAGGCUGGGCACGUCUUGCCAGUUUUGAAAGUAGUAGAAGAAAAAGCUACCGAGGUAAUGUAGUUCGUCGAGCUCUGGUGUGCAGCAGCAGCAGUUGCAGGUUGCAGCAGGUACUAUAUGCUCUUAGGUGUAUGGAGCCGGUAGAGGUGGUUCGAGAAUAAGACCGUCCUUACAUGAGAUGAUCUUUGCCAGGAGAAUGGUGUGUUUUGUGCAUAGUGUUUGACAUAUGGGAUGCGUUGUUCUUUUCUUCUUUUUAUGUAUAUAGUACUCCUACCUCGCAACACCGGGGCUCGAUCUCGGCCGUUACCUGAUGGUGGUGAGUGUGCUGGCAUCGCCUUGUGUUUCGGCUUUGCCGCUGUACCAUUUUGGAAGACGCUUACCUUGAUAUGAACUAUGAUAUCGCUAUAGAUAUAUGCAUAAAUACCACCUGCUGUCUC